AUGGCUCCCUUGCAUAAGACUAUGCCCGCCGCAGACAUAUAUGGCCCCGGAACCUUUAUGGAUAAGGAAUUUAUUCCAGCGCCCCAAGAUGCCGAGCGUAUCUUUGAAUACAUCGCCAAAGGUACACCUGGAUUUACUCAGGACAAGGAGCUUUGGAGUACGGUCAAAUUCAAUGGAAGCUCGCUGCCGAUAAUUCCUGGGCCUACCAAAGCGCCCCUUGUUGCAGCUGCUCUCCAUGCUAUGUGUGGCGUCGUCGCUCAUGAGAUCGUCGAAGACCGCGAUGGCACCCCAGCCAACACCCAACAAGUUACAGUCAACACCGACCAUGCCGCUAUCUGGCUUGGAACGAUAUUUGCAGCAUCGGUGGAGGGCAAAGACAUGUCCGAGCUUAUCAGAUCGCAAGAGCUCCCAAGUCUCUUCCAACGGGAUUUUGAAGGUGACUUCAUGUCCAACUUGAUGAGAAAGCGAACCACUGCUCUGUACAAGACCAAGACACCAGGGGUGUGGUAUCAACUUCACGGCUCACUUGAUGCUGCGCCGGUCCUAAAGUCUAUUGGCGUCGAUCCGAACUACCCUGCCAAGACAUCGGACGAGGCAUACGAAUAUAUCAGUCGACACGUUGAGCAAUGGACGGCAGAUGAGCUGGAGAUGCUCAACGUCAAGAAUGGAUUCUGUGGUAGCAUCUGCUUUACUCCGCAAGGAUGGUCCGACACAUUGAUGGGAAAGAGACUGGCUGCCCACCCACUGGUUGGCUAUUCGCGACAGUCGCAUGCAAUUCCGACUCCUCCGAUUCCGACUCCCAAAAUCUCAAAUGACAAGCGUCCCUUGGCAGGUAUCAAAGUGGUGGAGUUAGUUCGAAUUAUUGCUGGGCCAGUGAUCGGUUGCACGCUUGCUGCGCUUGGUGCUGAUGUGAUUCGCGUGAAUUGCAGUCGCCUGACAGAUCUAAAUGUCCUGCAGCUUAGCCUGAACACGGGCAAGCGAACUAUUGACCUUGAUCUGACGAAAGAGGAGGAUAAGACCCGGCUUCGAGAGCUUAUUGAAGGUGCCGACGUGUUUGUUCAAGGUUUCCGGCCAAAUGCGAUUGCAAGAAGGGGAUUUGGAGUCAACGAUCUCCUCGAGAUGGCAGGCAACCGAGGCAAGGGAAUUGUUUAUGUCGAAGAGAACUGCUAUGGUCCUGACGGGCCAUACCACGAGCGCCCUGGAUGGCAGCAAAUUGGAGACGCGGCUUCAGGAUCGUCCUACGUGAUGGGUCGCUCUUUGGGCUUCAAGGAUGGAACUAGUGUUCUUCCUCCGCUUCCUAUCUCGGAUAUGUCUACUGGUCUUGUGGGUGCUCUGGGGACUUUGCUAGCACUCCGUGACCGGGCCCGACAAGGUGGCUCAUACCGGGUAACGAGCUCUUUGGUCAAGGCCGAUGCUAUUGCCUUGGAGCCGGAGAUUGGCCUUUACUCCCCUGAGGUCGUGGAAAAGAGCAAUCAGUUGUUCCAGUGGGGCCAUAUUGGACCUUCUCAGUUCGUCACUGAGAUCCUUCUGGUUGUCAUGGAUGGUUGGAAGAGGGUAUUCCCUCAAUACUUUAACCAGGACUCAGACUCCUUUAUGACCAGUUUUGAGGAUGGACCAUGGGGACGCAUGGAAAAUUUGAAGCCAGUGGUCCAGUUGAGCGAUGACAGCGUGACGCCUCGUUGGUUGUCAUCUGCAGUUCCUCAUUGCCAUCAUCCUCGCACUAUCGAAUGGCUUUGA